UCGAUCCACCCAUCGCUUCUCCCGCUCGUCCUCCUCCUCUCCUCCUGGACAGCAGAGCACAGCACAACACACCGAGAAAGAACAAGCAGCCGCCACCGGAGCUCAGAACCACCAUCAGCAGCAGCAGCACACCCGGUCAACCUUCCACACACGCGCGCACACACACAUGGCGUCGCAGCAGAGGCAACAGCAGGCGGGAGCGGCGGCGGCGGCGUCCUCCGCCGUGGGCUUCGAGGACUACCUGCCGGUGAUGGCGGAGCGGCUGGGCGAGGACGGGCUGAUGCGGGAGCUGGCGAGCGGGUUCCGGCUGCUGAUGGACCCGGCGCGCGGGCUCAUCACCUUCGACAGCCUCCGCCGCAACGCGCCGCUGCUGGGCCUGGGCGGCAUGUCGGACGCCGACCUCCGCGGGAUGCUCGCCGAGGGCGACUUCGACGGCGACGGCGCGCUCAGCGAGACGGAGUUCUGCGUCCUCAUGGUGCGCCUCAGCCCCGAGCUCAUGGACGAGCCCAGGCGGUGGCUCGACGACGCCGUCGACCAGGCGGCCCGCUUCCUCUUCACCAGCUGAUGAUGACGACGACGAUGAUUGAUAACUAAUAAUUAAGGCUACUAGAUGAUCGUUGAGAUGUUUCUUCUUCUUCUUCUUCCUCCUCCUCUUGCCGCUGUUCAUAUAGCUGGAUGGAUCAGGACUUGUGCUGAUCGGUCGAUGGAUUCCAUCCAUGUGUACUCGUCUGCUGUUCUUUCCUUCCCAAUUCCCAUGUUCCAAUGGAGUCUGGAUUCAUUAA